AUGACACUUAUUCCACAAUGUUAAAUAUAACUAUACACUACUUUCCAGAGCAUGAUUAUUUUGUUAUUAAUCAGGAUCACUUUUUAGCUUCAUUAAAUCAUAUCUUUGUGUUCUCUAAAUGCAUUGAAAAAUCAUAUCUGAAUAUUUCUAUUUGCUUACAGGAGCCUCGCCUCGUGAUCCUGAGGUCAACAUUGUAUUAAUUGGUUAUAGAAAAGCUGGAAAGACCACAACUGGAAACAUUGUUAGGCAAAAACCUUUUUUCCAGACAAAAGACUUUUCAGAGUGAGCAGCAACAUGGACAAGUAGCAGGAAGACAGGUAGCUGUAGUAGACACUCCAGGCUGGGACUGGGUCCAUGAUAUGGAGGAAACACCUGAGCUCGACUGGCAGAUAGUGCAGAGUGUUCACACACAUUGUUCCAAAGGUGCACCGGUUGUUUUCCUUUUGUUUGUACGAGCAGCUUUUUCCUUCAAAGAGGUGAACAAACUCAUUACUGAAGAAUAUCUGCAACUUCUUGGUGACUGCGUCUGGAAUCACACCAUAGUGCUGUUCACUACUGGGGCCUGGAUAGAAGACAUAGACAUAGAACUGCACAUUGAGAGUGAAGGGGAUGCACUGCAGUGGCUUGUAGAUAAAUGUGGGAACAGAUACCAUGUUAUGGACACUAAAGGAAAGAAAGCAGCUGUACAAGUCCCUGAACUGAUGAGAAAGAUUGAACAAGUAGUGGCAAAUAACAAAAGCUGUCCUUUUCAGUUAGACAAAGAAAUCUGUGAGAAAUUUGAGAAGCAAUCUUCCAUUGUCAGCAAUCAAACCUCACAAAGUAUGUUACACAUCAGAAAGGAACACGGCAGCAUGAACUUGCCUCAACAUUACAUGGAUGAUGAUGAUAUGAGCUCUGGAUAUGGCUCAUAUCAAUCUCUGCAGCAUGAGACUUCAUCUACUCCACCAUUAAGGGAUAGGUCACGCUCCAACAGGGACAGGUCAUGCUCAACAAGUUCACUUCAGUAAGCGCAGACCUCUGAGAGAUCUGUCUAUUCUGUAUAUUGUAUUUAUUGUUUGUAUUUAAGUAUGACAUUAGUAUAAGGUAUUAUCUAAGUGAAGAAAAAAAAACCUUUGACACUUUUUCAUCGUAACUUGAACAAUGUUUUAAUCUCAUGGUUUCUUAAGUAGUGAGCCAGAAUCAUGUAUGCAAUGUUAGAGAUUUAAGCAUUCAUGUACGUCGCUCUGGAUAAGGGCGUCUGCCAAAUGCGGUAAAUAUAAUGUAAAUGAAGAAUAAAUGUCAGGGUUUUUUUUUGUAAUACCUCAUUUGUGAUUUAUACCUUGUUAUAUAUUUGUUAUAUACUUGGUGUAAGCAAAGAAAACUAUGUUAAUAAAAUGUACCCAGAAUUUAUACAAAAACACUUGUUAUAAAUCCGUC